UACCUUUCUUACGGCACAAUAGAUGAUUUAUUCUUUGAAUUAUUUUCAGAUACGACAAGAAUCUAUGGCUGCGAAGUACGACGAAGACAUCAUUUAGAGAGGAAGGAAGGUGGUGGAUUUGAUCCCGAAGAAUACGAUCAGCAUCCAGAAUUGUAUAUUUCUACUUUUAGCAAAAAGAUAGCGCCAUAUGCCUCAGUGAUCAUCAAUGGCAUAUAUUGGGCUGUAGAUUCACCAAAACUGUUAACGAUUCCGGAUGCCAAAUACUUGCUUAGACCCGCUAAUACACCAUGGUUACCGAUAAGUGUCGGCGCACCCGCUCUGCCACACAGAAUGCUUGCCAUCUGCGACAUUUCCGCUGAUCCGGGCGGUAGCAUCGAGUUCAUGAAUGAAUGUACAACAAUUGAUACGCCAUUUUGUCUCUAUGACGCUGAUCGCAACAAAGAUACGAAAUCCUUUAAAGGUCCUGGUGUACUAGUCUGUUCAAUUGACAACAUGCCUACGCAACUUCCAAAAGAAUCGACAGACUUUUUUGGUAAUCUUUUAUAUCCAUACGCUUUAGACAUUAUAGAAUCGGAUGCAAAAAAGCUGCUAGAAGAACACAACUUCAGUCCUGCUGUUCAUGGUGCUAUUAUUGCGUCUAACGGAAAAUUAACGCCUAACUUUGAAUACAUCCAAGAACUCAGACACCUAAAUCAACGCAGCAAGCACAAAGCCGAUAACAGAGAACUACAAAAUAAAACGGUAGUUGUUCUGGGUGCAGGAUAUGUUUCCGCACCCUUAGUCGAAUAUUUACAUAGAGAUGCAAAUAUUCGACUAGUGGUAGCGUCACAAUUAAAGGAUGAAGCUGACGUUCUGGCUCAACGAUAUCCAGGUGUGGAACCAGUCUUCUUAAAUGUACUGGAUCGUCCGGAUACAUUGCACGAUAUGGUAAAGUCGGCAAACGUAGUUGUCUCUUUGUUGCCGUCUUCGUUGCAUCAUGUUAUUGCAAAAGCUUGUAUUGAAACUAAAACUCACCUGGUGACAGCUAGUUACAUGAAUAACGACGUCAAAGCAUUACACGAGGAAGCUCAACAAGCUGGUGUCACUGUGCUUAAUGAAAUCGGUUUGGAUCCAGGCAUCGAUCAUCUUUUAGCAAUCGAAUGUUUCGAUGAUGUGAGACAAGCAGGCGGAAAAAUAGAAUCUUUCAUCUCAUGGUGCGGCGGAUUGCCUGCACCAGAAUAUUCCUACAAUCCUUUAAGAUAUAAAUUUAGCUGGUCUCCGCGAAGUGCAUUACUUAACACCUUAUCGCCAGCAAAGUAUCUUCAUGAGGGUCAAGAAGUGAAAAUUGCAGAAGGCGGUGAUUUAAUGACCACUGUUCAGAACUUGGACUUUCUUCCUGGUUUUGCCCUAGAAGGUUUUCCUAAUCGAGACAGCAUAAUAUACAGAGAUUAUUAUGGUUUACAUAAUGCGAAUACUGUGCUACGAGGUACACUCAGAUUCAAGGGAUUUUCAAAUACCGUAUCGGGUCUACAACUGCUUGGUAUGAUCGAUCCCAAUCCGCAUCCGAUUCUUCAUCCUAAUGGUCCUGACAUCACUUGGCGAGUGUUGGUGUGCAAUUUGCUCGGUUUGGCAAAUAAUAACAUUUUCUACGAAAAUUUAAAGCAAAACCUGGCAGAAAAAGUGAAUUCAUGGGAACGUAUGAAAGCUAUUGAAGAUCUAGGUCUUUUAAACGAGGACCUAGUUUUGAAAUUGAACAGUCCUCUCGAUACACUUACGCAUUACUUAUCAAAAAAACUCCGUUAUGAAACAAAUGAACGUGAUAUUGUGAUAUUAAGGCACAACGUAGAUAUACUUUGGCCAGACAACAAGAAAGAGUCUAAAGGAAUCAAUUUGGUGCUUUAUGGAGAUACUAACGGGCAUUUCGCAAUGGCACGUACCGUCGGAUACCCUACGGCUAUUGCUGUCAAAAUGAUUCUUGAUGGUGAAAUUCAACUGCGUGGAAUGGUGUUGCCUUUUACGCCAGACAUAUAUCGACCCAUUCUCAAUCGACUGAGAGCGGAAGGUGUAGAAUCCUUUGAGACUUCUAAAUGGUUAUGAUAUGUAUUUAUUAUACAUAUUUUAUGCAUUUUUACAUCAAAGUGUAUAUAUUUUGUUGUGUAUUCAAAAAUUAAAUGUCAACAUAUUUGA